AUGAAGAGAAUGUUAGUAAGAAUGAAAGAGCAUAGGAUUAUGAAAGAAAUGACGCCAAUUCUUUUUCUUAUUGGAAUUGUCUCAUCUUUAGGUGCAGCCAGCGCCGGAUAUGAUAGUGGCUGGUGGAGUACCUUUAUGACCAACCAAUCGGCCCUUAAAGAUUAUGGCUCUAAAAAUCCAGCUACAGGAAUGUAUUACAUGAAUAGUAAAUAUCAAUCAGCAGGUACCGGUUUAGGAAAUGCAGGUAUUAUGCUUGGGGCACUAUUAUUCGCCCCGGUUGGUGAGAUUUUUGGCAGAAAAAUGUCUAUCAUAGCUUCGUCUAUUGUAUCAAUUAUUGGUGCCAUAAUUUCUUGCUCAUCCAGUAACUCUUUCUGGUGUAUGGUAAUGGGGCGUUUUAUCAACUCAUUUGGAAUAGGAAUUGCUAAUGCUAUUGUUCCUAUAUACUUAAGUGAGACAGCUCCAGCGUCGAUAAGAGGAACGCUAACAAGCUUUUACCAAUGGUUUUACACAUUUGGCCAAUUCUGGGCAUUUUUUGUGAUUUAUUUCACUUAUGAUUAUAAGUCCAAAUGGUCCUAUAUGACGGUGAUUGUUGUCCAGGUCGUCAUACCAGCAAUGAUGUUGAUAUUAACACCAUUUUUGGUGGAAAGUCCACGUUGGUUGAUCUCGAAAGGUAAAACUGAUAGAGCUAAAAUUUCAUUAUCAAAAAUAUAUGGAAGAAUGACUAAUCACAAUAUAGAUCAAGAAAUCUCAGAAGUUAAAAUGGCUCACGAGCUUUUAGUGAAACAUAGAAAAGAUUGUAAGUAUGUCGAUUUGUUCAAGGGUGUGAAUUUGCGUCGAACGUUACUAGCAAUUGCUGUCCCCUGCUUUUUAUAUGGCCAAGGUGUGUCUUUUAUGUCCUCUUAUUUGGUUCUAUUCCUCGUGACUCUUGGUGUUGGAGAAGUUCAAAUGAUUAUGUUGAUUAUUAUGGCAGUGCUCUUGGUCACCAAUACCUUUUCAUUUUGGGGUACAGAUAAGUUUGGACGUCGCCCAGUAUUGCUAAUCCCAGCCCUUGCAAUGGGUAUAUCUUUCUAUAUUGUUGCAGGAGCUUCCUACUAUGUCGACACGUCUGCAUCAAGGAAUACUGCUGUGGCGUUUCUCUUUAUUUGGUCAAUAAUUUAUGGAGCAACGUGGGCUCCCUUGACACACAUUACUGCUGCUGAGAUUCCAAGCUCUCAGCUUAGGGAAAAAACCCUUUCAGUGGCCACAUUUUUAAGUUUUGGAAUAAGUAUGAUGAUUUCUUUUGUCAAUCCCUUUAUUCAAAAUGAGGGUUAUGGUAAUUUACAGGGUCGAGUGGGUUUCAUGUAUGGAUCUAUAUCCUUCAUUGCUUGUGGUUUUAUUUACUUCUUUUUACCGGAAGUUAAGGGCUUAUCUUUGGAUGUUGUUGAUACUCUUUUUGAGCUCAAUACUCGAACCUCGAAGUUUUAUGAAGAGGGUAAGAAGUUGAUGAAAGAGGGAAAAUACUUGCAAAUAGAUACCGUCUUGUCAAAUGCAACUUCUAGGGAAGAAGCCAAAGAAGAGAUUAAAACAUUGAAGUCUAACAUUAAUAUAACGAUUGAGAAGAAGUAG